AUGGAGGAGAGACUAUGUGAGAAUCAGGACUAUGAUGAAACUCAAUGUGAAAAUAACAAGUUUCUUCACCAAAGUAAGGAAGAUGUAGGGAAGAAAUCAUACCACUGUGAUAUCAAAGGGAAGACAGUGACAAAAUAUAAAGAUAUUGGAGAACACAAAUCACUCCACACAAUUUCAAAUGUUUAUCAUUGUGAAAUUUGUGACAAAGUUUUCACAACAGACAGUUCCUUUUCAUCUCACAAACUUACUCACAAAGUUAUAAAACCAUAUUGCUGUGAUGUCUGUGGCAAAACAUUUUCUCAGAAUUCUCAUUUAACUCUUCAUAUAUGUACUCACAAAGGUGAGAAGCAAUACCAGUGUUAUAACUGUGGUGUAACAUUCUCUUGUAAAGAUGACUUGACUGUUCACAAUUGUACACACACAGGUGAAAAAUCAUACCAAUGUGACACCUGUGGUAAAACAUUUUCUAAGAAUUAUCACCUAACUCGUCACAUACGUACUCACACAGGUGAAAAACCGUACCAUUGUGACAUCUGUGCAGAAACAUUUUCCCGGAAAGAACAUUUGACUCGACACAUUCGUAUCCACACAGGUGAAAAACCAUACCACUGUGAUGUCUGUGAUAAAACAUUUACUCAGAAUUCUCACUUAAUUAGUCACAUGCGUACUCACACAGGUGAAAAACCAUAUCGCUGUAAAGUCUGUGGUGAAACAUUUUCACAGAGUUCACUUUUAAAUUAUCACAUACGUACUCACACUGUUGACAAACAGUACCAGUGUGAUAUUUGUGGUGAAGCAUUUUUGUGUAAUGAUGACUUGACUGUUCACAAAUGUACUCAUACUAGUAAGAGUCUAUUCCACUGUGAUAUCUGUGGUAAAUCAUUUUCUCAGAACUCUCGCUUGACACUUCAUAUGCGUACUCAUACAAAUGAAAAACCUUACCACUGCGGCAUUUGUGGUAAAUCAUUUUCUCAGAAUUUUUGUUUAACUCGUCACAUACGUACUCACACAGAUGCUAAACCAGUGUGA